UGGCAACGAUGCUCUUUCGCGCCAUGACGCCCGCGGAGUAAACAAGUCGGGUGGAAGGGAGGACCUUUGUCUCACUGCGCCGGCCUCCUCAGCUGUCAAGAGCACCCCAGGCUUCACACUUAACCAUCUUGAACAAAUGCAGACCCAUAUUCCCGUGGUAGUAAUGAUGUGUUAAGUUGAUAUUAGAGGGAGAACAACAUGAUGGAGCCCUUCAGAAUGGAGGAGGACCCUGAUGGCACCAGCCAGCAGGUGGCCGUCAUCAUGACUGGAAAGGUAUAUCGAGAAGCUGGGUUGAAGUACAGCAAACAUCCUGAGGUUGAAGGGCUCCUUUAUGACAAGCUUUGCUCCAUCGGGAAGCAUAAAUUGAGAGACGAUGUUAGGAAACUUGCACUCAGCAUUGCUCUGUCAGUCCCUGAUAAGGCAUUCAAGCCAACUGUUGAUUGGCUUGAUGACUUUAUGAGGCGAUUUUGUCUUUCUAAGAAGAUGAUGGGCUUCCACAGUUCUGCCAUGCUAAAACAAAAGGGGUAUACACAGCCUAAAGUAAAUGCAGAAACCAAACUGAGUAUGUCUCAAGAAGAUGUGUUUAGUUUUCUUGGCUUGAAUAUAGAUGGUGACCCAUCCUCUAACACAGACAACAGUGCUACUCCAGUCACUCAGAUGGAUAAAGAAGUGGGUAACCCUGCUACCAGUGGAGAAAACUGUGUUGAUAAAGAGAGUUCAGAAAGUGUCAGUAUGUUAACAAAUAGUGGUGAAAACACAGGUGAAGCUAAAACUGUGAUGGAAGAUAAUGUAAAUGGAACAGCGAGUACAGAUAUUAGCAAAGAAAGUGAUGUCCCUGGUGCAAGUAAAAGCACUCUAAACAGUGUUGUGGAUCCAUCAGAUAAAACAGCUGCUUCUGAGAUGGAUGAUGAGUCUAGUGAAAAAGGCAACAUGUCAGAAAAAUUAGAUGAAGUACCAAACACUUCGCAGGAAACUUUAAAUGUCCAUGAAACCCAAAAGAGCAACUGUGAGGAUGGAGCUGAAAAUGUUGUGUUGUUAGAUGACUCUGAUGAUAUCAAAGAGGCCCAAGACGUGUGUGUAAAGGAAAAUGUUGAGUCUAAGAUUGGAAAAAUUUCCAUUAAAAAGAUUGAGGAUUUGUGUGAUAAAGGAGUAGAAAAAAAGAAAAAAGAUGGCAGCAAUGAAAACACUUCUGAGGUGGAAGUAUCCUCUGGCUCAUCUGAAGAAGACAACUUUUCAGAAAAGAGAAAUGAUGAAGUACCAGACACCUCCCAGAAAACCUUAAAUGUACAUGAAACACAGAAGGAGGACCAUGACGAUGGAAUUGAAAAUGAAGAUAACAAAAUGGCCCGAAACGUGUUUAGAAAGGAAAAUGCCAAGUCUAAGAUUGGAAAAAUUUCCAUUAAAAAAUUUGAGGAUUUAUGUGAUAAAGUAGUAGAAGAAAAGAAAAGUGAUGUCAGCAAUGAAAGCAGUUCUGUGGUGGAAGUAUCAUCAAACUCUUAUGAAUCAGAUGAGGAUGCUUCUGAGGAAGGGGAUGGCACAUCUGCUGCAGAAAGUGUAGAAGCAUCAGGCAGUGAAAAAGAUUCUGCAGUGUCAAGACAAGCUGCAAAAUAUAAUGAAGCUGAAGAAAUAAAUUAUUCAAAGGCAGAAAACAAAUAUUACAAAAAGAAUAUUGAUGCUUUGCAGAAAAAACUUGAAGGAUCUGUGAUUAAGUGUACAUCUUGUUAUGAGCAAGUCAACCACCAUAUCAAGUCUUUGGUUCACACUCAUCCAGUUCUUGGUGUCUUCAUAUGCAAGAAGUGCCGUAAGUACUAUGGCAGAGGCAAAUUCUGCAAAGACAAAGAAGGAUAUGAUGAAUAUUGUCGUCUGUGUGCUGAGGGUGGAGAUCUCCUGUGCUGCGAACAAGAAGACUGCUAUAAUGGAUUCUGCAAGCGUUGUGUGAAGCGCACGAUGGGCCGAGCUGAGUUAAAACAUGUUGAAUCUACUGAGGGAUGGGCGUGCUAUGUGUGUGACCCUGCACCACUAAUGGAGCUGCGGGCCCUUCACCGGGCUAUCCUCGACAAUCUCAGAAACUCAGAGGAGGAAGAUGCUGCCCUCUCAAGAAAGGACCUGAAAAGUAAAACUCUGCAGAACAAGUUUAUGGGCUUUAAGAUAUUACAACAGCUCAGGUCACAAAAAUGCACCAAGACCAAGACCAGUAACAAAUUGACGAAAGAAGUUGACGAGACUUCAAAAAGUGAUGGUAAUGUUGACAAGAAGAAAGAGGAAAAAUCACAGGAAAAUAAGAAAAAGACUAAGCAGACCAGUGCUAAAAUCCAUGAAGAAAAUGAAGAAAAUAAGCCAUCUCCUAUUUUGAGAAAUACCAUGGACAAAAUGUUAGAAAUGAUGUCUCAAUGUAUGGACAAUGUCAAAACCAUAGAGUCCAAAUGGAAGAAAUCUAACUAUUCUUCAGAAGGAACGAAAAGGGCUAGACAUCAUGUUUCAAAGCAGCUGGAGGCAAUGAAAACAAACUUUGAGACGUUAGUGAGUGACUUACUUGAGUGUCCAGAAGAAGAAGUUAUACAGAUGACAGAGAAAGAGCACAAAGAAACAGAGCAGAGUGGCACAGAGAAAGAGCACAAAGAAACAGAGCAGAGUGGCAAGGCACCGAAAAGAUCAAAACGCUUAGAAAAUAAAAAGCAAGAUGGUAACUCUACUGAAGAACAAAACUCAGAAGACAAAAGUUACCAAGAAGAGAACAAUAUUUCAGAAAGUUGUGAAUCUCCAAGUAAACCAGAUAGUUUUGAGAAGGAGGCAAAACUGUCUGGAGAUGAAGUAAUUGAAGGCCAAGCCAAUGAUCCUAAAUCUCCAGUAGUAGAAAAGGUAGACAUGGAGGUAGCUCCCUCUGGUGAGUUUGCUGAUUCUGUAAAUCCUGAGGACGAUGAAAGCCAGCGUUCCAGUAAGGCCUGUCUUCCAUCUAAUGACGAAGACUCCCUGCCGGACCUAAUGAAUGUGAUCAAUGAUAUAAUUAGUGAUCCUGAAGAGUCCAUGGAUAAUGAAAGUAAUGCAACAAUGACUAAAUCUUUAGAUAUUGACAAUGACAUACCAAAGUUGUCAGAGGAUGUUGGAAAGAAAAGAAAAAGAGAAGAAAAGAAUUUGGAUAACGGUAUAGCUGCUGAUGGUACAGAUGAGGAGGUAGAAAAGUCUAAAGAUAAAGGGGAAAGUAACAGCAAAUCUUCUAGAAUACUAAGAUCCAAAAGUUCUACAGAUAAGCCCAAGUUGGGGAGUGAUUCUGAGAGUGAUGAGAAAACUGAGAAAACCCCACAGAGGACCUCGCAGCGUUUCAAAAGGCGAAAAUUAAGCAAAGACAGUGAUAAUGAUGAUACUUCUGAGAGUAGAAACCUAAAUAAGAAAGAAAAAAACAAAGAUAAUAGUAAGGGAAAGAAAAAAGAUGACAAGGAUACAAAUAAGUUAGAGAAGGACCAAGUGCAGAGUGAUGAAAUCUCAGACACUAAUAAAAGUGAGGAAGUGGAAGCAGACAAACAAGAGGAGAAUGGAAAUAAAAACAAAGGUAAAAACAAGAAAGCAAGUAGUGGGAAUGAUGCGUCAGACAUGGAAGCAGAUAAAGGAAGUGGAUCAGACAAAGAGACAGAUACCACAGUUCAGAAGAAGAAGAAAGCGAGUACUCAGAAUAAUGGUGCCAGUAAGAGAGGUAAAACUGAGAAGGAGAAAAAGGAGAAAUCAAGUACGGAUAACAAUGCCGGAAAACGUAGGAAAUCAAGAAGGGGCAAGACAAGAAGGCAGAGUGACCAAUCGGAAGAUGACAAAUGCUUAGGGUUAGUAGAGGGCUCAGACACAUCUGAAGAGGAAAAUACUGAUGAAGAGAUCCAGAGACGACGAGAGGAUCACACGGAGAAAACCAGGGAUAAGAAGAAGAAAAUUGAGAGGAAAAGAUCUUCUGAGAGUGAAGGUAAAGAAGAAAAAAUGGACACUGUCAACUCUAAAGGGAAAACUACUAAAGUAGAGAAGAAGGAAAAAGCUGAAAGUGAAGAGGAGAAAGAAAGUGAUGAAUGCAAGGAGGGCAGUGGCAGUCAAGAAGAAAAGAUGAAAACAGAGGGAAAUGAGACUCCAGCCAUCAAAACAGAUGAUGAUGCUGAUACAAAAACUAUUAAAUUGGAGAAGAAGGAUGGCAUCAAGAAAGAAGAGUGUGAUGCAAAGGUAGAGGGGAAUGAAGACUUUCCUCCAAGUGAUAAGGAAUCACCAGAAAAGGAGGAUGAAAAAAAAGUCUCUAAGAAAAAGAAAGUACAAUCCACCAAAACAGAAAAUCAGAGAGCAAAAGCUGCAAUCUUAGGGAGCGAGAGUGAUGUUGAGGUGGAUGAGAAGCCUAAGCCCAGGAGCAAGAAAAAGCAUAUCAAGCGACAGAGGGAUUCCCAAAGUAAACGAAAAUCUCGUAAGAAAUUGGUUUUGCUAACGGAAGAGGAACAGGAAGAACUGAAGGGAAAGCAGCUGAAUGGCAAAUGUCAUGUUCGUGUAAAAUCUCUCUCGUCCAAUAUUCAAAAGAAGCUGGAGGUAGAUGAGUUUAUCUACACAUCUGAUUAUCCAGAGUUUGAUGAUGGUUGUGAUGCAGAUGAAGAAGACUCAGACAAAGAAUUUUCAAAACUAAUGAAAUUCAGGUGUGGUAAAAUGAAGCCUAGGCCUAAAUGUAAGUCAUUGAGAAGGAACUCAUCAGAUGAAGAAACAAAGAAGGUCAGUGAUGAAGAUAAACAGGAUGACGCAAAUGGUGAAGAAGCAGAUGCUGGCUCCAAAACUGAAGAGGGGGAAAAUACAGAAAAUAAAAACUCAAAAAAAAGUUCCAAGAAGAAAGAAGGUCUGCUAGACAUAGACAUUGAUAAGGAUGGUGAAGAAGAAAAUGAAGAAGAAGAAGUGGAUGAUAUUAAGAAAAAAACUAAGGGUGGUGGCAUAUCACUGAAUGAGAAAAUGAAGAAGCACAUUCUUCUGAGUAGUGAAGAAGAAGCAGAAGAUGAAGAGGAAGAAGAUCAAGGAGAUAGUCCAGAAAAAGAAAAAGAGGAAGAGGAAAGAGAAAGGAAGAAGUAUGAUAAAAAGAAAGAAAAAGAAAAGGCUGGAAAGGAAAAUGAAGAGAGCUCUGAUGAAGAGGUUCCUCCAAAGGUCCGGAAAGGCUACAUGAACUUGAAUAUAUCUACUGAUGAAGAAGAGAAAGAGGAAACAAAUGAAGAAGAAUCCGAGGAGGAAGCAAAGAGUGCAUAUGAGGAUGAUAGUGACUUUGAGGAAUCGCCAAGAAAGAGACGAGCCUUCCAGAUUUCGUCGUCAGACAGUGAAGGUGGCACUAAGAAGUCAAGACCAGAUGAGUCAUCAGAAGAGGAAAGUGAAGAGGAAGAGGAGAAGCCUAAAUCCAAGAGGAAACGCAUCAGAAAAAUGUCAUCAUCCUCUGAUGGUGAUGAUGAUGAUGAUGAUGAUGAUGAUGAUGAAAAGAAGGAUUCUCCAAGCAAACACAAGAAAAUAAGGAAGGUCAUCAGAGACGAGGAUCUGCUGGAAACUACCAAGAAUGCCACACAGGAGGAGGAGGAGCGACGGAAACGUAUUGCUGAGCGACAAAAGAAUUAUAACCAAAUAUUCUUGAUUGAUGUUGAAUCAGACCAAAAAGAUAUGGAGAAGCUGGUGUUAGACUUCGAUCCAGAGACAAAAUCAGAGCUUGUGUCAGUGAAUGAAAAAUUAGUCAAGUUUUUAAAGCCCCAUCAGUUUAAGGGUAUCAAGUUCAUGUGGGAUGCAACAGUGGAGAGCUUGGAGCAACUGAAGUCCAAUGCAGGAGGUGGCUGCAUCUUGGCUCACUGCAUGGGUCUGGGCAAGACUCUUCAGGUCAUCACAUUUUGCCACACACUACUGACCAACAAGUCUGUGUCCAAAGAGGUACAGAGGAUCAUGGUAUGCUGUCCUGUCAACACUAUCUUCAACUGGCUGGCAGAAUUCAAAAACUGGCUGAAGGGAAGACUGAUGACUUUUGAUGUGAUUGAGUUGGCAUCUGCCAAGGAUCUAUGGGGGCGUGCAUACCGCCUGGAUGAUUGGUGGAAGGAAGGAGGCAUCUGCAUCAUCGGUUACACCAUGUUCCGCAACCUUUCCAACAGCAAAAACAAACGCUAUAAAGGCAAAAUGAAGGAAAUCUUCCAAAAGACACUCAUUGAUCCAGGACCUGACAUCAUAGUGUGUGAUGAGGGCCACAUGUUGAAGAAUGAGAAAACUGCACUGUCCAUAGCAAUCAAUAAAAUAAAGACCAGAAGGCGAAUCGUUCUCACAGGAACACCUCUACAAAACAACCUAAAGGAAUAUCAUUGCAUGAUACAGUUUGUAAAGCCAAACUUACUUGGAACCAAAAAGGAAUUUAUGAAUCGAUUCGUAAAUCCUAUUGAGCAAGGGCAGUGUGUAGAAGCCAUGCCAAGAGAUGUGAGGAGAAUGAAGAGGAGAGCUCAUAUCCUCCAUAAUCUAUUGGAGGGAUGUGUCCAGAGAUUUGAUUACAGUGUCCUGAAACCAUUCCUGCCACCCAAGUUUGAGUAUGUCAUAUCAGUGCAGUUAUCUGAAAUUCAGAUUAAACUCUAUCAGUAUUACCUGGACAAUUUGGCUCGAGGAGGCCCCAAGAGACAAGGCUCGGGACUUUUUGUGGAUUUUGGAGCUUUGUCAAGAGUGUGGACUCAUCCGAAGGUGCUUGAACUAGCUGUAAGGAGGAAAGCGUUUGAUGAGGAUGACGAGGAGGAUGAUUUAGAUGGCUUCAUCUGUGAUGACUCCACAACCUCAGAAUCUUCUGAUGAUGAGAGACCCAAGAAAAAGAAGAAGGGCCCAAAGAAGAAAGAUGAUAAAUCAGAUGAAGAAGAAAAUGAGGAAAUAGUAGAUGAACCUGAGCCACCUGGCCCCAUCCCUGGCUUGACUGAGAGUGGUAAAGUGAGAGUAGACUGGUGGAAAAAAGUUUUGUUAGAUGCCGUCGGAGAUGACUUUGAGGAGAAUGGGUUCCUGGACCAAAUAGAACACAGUGGCAAGCUCAUCCUCCUGCUGAACAUCUUGAAAGAAUGCUGUUCAAUUGGGGAUAAAGUGCUACUAUUCAGUCAGUCUCUUUUGACACUGGAUAUGAUAGAAGACUUCCUACAGGCAAUUGAUGAAGGGGACAUUGAAUUACCAAAGGAUGAUGACUCCUUACCUUUACCUUUCAAGAAGUGGAAAAGAGACAGAGAUUACUUGCGCCUCGAUGGCUCCACCAGUCCUGACACAAGAAAAACUCUCUGCAAUAUUUUUAACAAGGCAUCCAAUGAUCGGUGCCGCCUUUUCCUGAUUUCCACCCGGGCUGGAGGUUUGGGCAUCAACUUGGUGGGAGCUAACAGGGUCAUUAUUUUUGACUCCUCAUGGAAUCCCUCUCAUGACACCCAGUCUAUCUUCCGAGUGUACAGGUUCGGCCAGAAGAAACCUUGUUAUAUUUAUCGUUUUGUUGCACAGGGGACAAUGGAAGAGAAAAUAUACUCGAGGCAAGUAACCAAGAUGUCGACGGCCCUUCGUGUUGUGGAUGAACACCAGAUUAAACGGUACUUCAAAAUGGAGGAAUUAGCUCAGCUGUACGAGUUCACUCCUUCAGAUGUUGAUAUCAGAGAAACGCCUAUUGUUCCGAAGGAUCGGCUUCUGGCAGAACUGCUGCAGAAACAGAAAGAUUGGAUCGUGUCAUAUCACGAACAAGAUUCCCUUCUUGAGAACCAGACCAGUGAGGAGCUAAAUGAAGAUGAACGAAAGGCUGCUUGGGAAGAUUAUGAAAAUGAAAAGAAGGGUUUCAUGGUACAACAACAUCCAAACAGCGUGAUGUCAGUCAUGGGUGCUCCAACAACGAUGAAUUACCCAGGUGGUCCCACACUGUCCCUCUCCUCUUUCAAUUUUGAGAGUGUUGUCAACAGCAUCAGAGCUCAGAAUCCCAAUAUGACUCCACUGGAGAUCUGUGAGAGCGUGUUGCUGGCCACAAAGCAGAUACAGAAGAUUCACCUGAAUCACUAUCAUCGAGUGCAAGCCAUGCUUUACAAUCUCAAGAAUCCCAUGAUUGCUCCUGAACAGAGAAAACUUCUUCCAUUUGGAAGUCACCCAGAAAUGCUUCCAUUGUUGGAAGGACAGCUGAGGGUCCUGGAAGAUAACAUUCAGAGAGAAAACCAAAUUAUAUCCCACAUCGAUAAAGGAAUUGGACAGCAGAAUAACCUGUUAUCUACAGCUAGUCUGAUGUCAGCUGGCUUGAUUCGGGGACAGCCACAAAGUAGUGGAAUCAACUCGGCAACUACUAGUUAUGUAGAGCGGCCAUCCACCUCCUCAGUUGGAGGACCAUCUCAUCAAGAAAAGAAAACUGCCUCAAAUGAUGUUAUCCUGCUUGAUUGAAGCACUAACUUGAGUGGCUGCUCUUGUACAAAGGAUUAUCUGUAACCAACAUGAAUAUUUGAUUGGCUGGCACCUAGUUACAUGUCAGUGUUAAAUAUAAUAAUGGAAUAUUUUCUCAGUUUUUGGUAUAAUUAAGCAAUUCUAUUUGCCAAGCAGAAAUUAUUUCAUUUAAACUUUGUUUAAUAGUUUACCUGCAGUCUAGUUCUUAAUGUUCUGAAGAAAAUAUUUAUUUUCAUGCAUUUUUUUUAGAUUCUCUUAUUUUGAGGAAGCUUUUUUUUUUUUUUUUUUUUUUUUUUUAUCUACAUAGUACUUUUUUUUAUGAACUGGAGGACAUUUUAUGGGAGGAGGUACUAAUUUGUUUGAUAAAGCAAAUUUAUAUUGAGAUUAUCUUCUAUAAUAUUUCAGUAAACAAUCUGUUCACCUUUGUUGCUGAGAAUACAUCACUGUACUUAUACAUCUGUCCCAGUACUUGUAAAGAGAUUCCUACUCUUUGCUAAUUUAUAAUAAAAUUCAUUGGAGAAUCAACAACUAUGAUUAUAGGCAUAAAUAUAUAUUUAUAGCUUGCAAAAUGUUGGGGCUUUGUGAUGAAUCGGUAUAGAAAGUCAAGAAUAUAUUUGAGUAAGAGGUACAGUGUAACCUAUAGGGAUAAUAUUUAUAUAUAGGUUUUGGAGAAGAGAAAGAAAAGAGAAUUUGGGAGUGGUGAUGAUGACCAAAGAAAGGCAUUACUGUGGACAAUGUGUAACUGGAUGAGGGUGUGGAAUAAGGCUAAACACCAGUUAUUUAUCUAUAUUUCUUUUUUCCUUGUAGCUUUUUGGGGUGGCCAGGGUGGUUCAGUGUGGCACCUAUCCAUACAACCAGACCUAGAGUUAACUUUGGAGGCUCUGCAUGUAGGGUCCUAGAGCAUCCUAAGCUUCUUGAAGGAAUGAGCUUGGAAGGCUGUAGGUAGAUAUAGUGGGACUGAAACAGAGGCCUGGCUGUGGUGAGGGGGUACACCUACUUCUGGUCUGGCUGGAUCAGUGGUACCUGUCUUAGAGGGUAACUAUAGGCAUUUCUUGUGGGGGAAAAGUUAAUUAGUUCAGUACUUGUCCUAAAACUUGCCAAAUUACCAUUUGACCAAAAUAAAUAAAAUAAAUAAAUACUAAAAACACCUGAAAUACUAGCAACUAACAAACAGUAUACAAUAACAAAAUACAUAAGACUAAGUAUCCUAACAUGGCAGGCUAGAAAUGGGUAUCUGAAGCUACUAGGCUUCACAGCAGAUGUCACAUCAUAGUUGCACUUGUUUUUAGCCCUUCCAGCCACAUAUGAAGGUCCCAGGUGCUUUUCUCCACCUUCAUCAACCCCUGGCCCUCCUCCCAUACCGCCAGGCACACAGGUAGUUAUUAAAGCACAAAAAAUGAGUUCAGACGCAAGGCGUGAACAUGAGGGAAACGAGAACUGAAACUGGUAAAUUGGUUUUGACGUGGCAUGUAAGGCAUGUAAGGACGUUCACCCUUUUUUUAAGUCUGAGAACCACUGUUUGCCUCAGACCGUGAUGGGCUGUGACAUCACUAGAAGUAAGCGACAAAUAUGUACUCAACGGUUAUUGUAGAAAUCGGGUCAGCUAUGGUUCCUUUUCAUUGAGUGAUUAUUUUUUAUUCUACAGGGAAUUCUCCUUUACCUUGUUCCUAUUUUGGCCCAUUCUGACUCCCCACCCUACCUACAGAUAAUAACAAUGAUGGUGAUUCUUCUUAUUACUACUACAUCCCUCAGAUAUAGGGAUUGAAAAUACUGAUCCCCAUAUCCCACUAUGUUGCCAUAGGGGAAGGUCACAUGGACUUUGACUCCAGGCCAUGCUUUGCAGGAAAGCCAGUGAUAAUGUAGCAAUUAGUAAUAGUAGUAGAAAACUUUGGACUUACCUGAAAAAUUUGAAGUCUCAUUUACCUUUUUGACCACUUAAAUUUAAUUGCCUAUGCAGAACAUUUGCCAAAUAGUUAUAUGGCCAUUUUCUAAUCACCACUAAUAUUAUUAUUAAUUAUAUUAGAAGAUGUGUAAAUAUGGCUCAUAUCACUGGGUCUUUCCUCUUUCAACUUCAUGCAUUUUCUUUUCUUUGUCUCCUUUGGAAACAUCCAUUGAUUCCUUAUCCUGUGUUUGCAGGAAUUAGGAUCAGGAAUAAUGAUUAGCAAUUGAAUGGUGCAGUUGUUAGUAUGCUGAGCUCACUACUACAAAACACAUCAAAAUGGUUAUGUGAGCUAUUUUAAUUGUUCCCUUUUAUUGUUGUCACAAAAUUUUUUGCAGGUGUGCAAAUGUACAGAGGCUUGCUUCACUGGUAGGUCUUUCCUAUUCUUAUUUAAAAUGCAUCUUCUUUUUCUUGCCUCCUUUAACAUAACUUAUUGAUUACCCACCAUGCAUUAGUUGGAUACAGGAUCAGUGUACAAUGAAAAUUGACAGCUUAAUGGUAUAUCUUUAGUGUUAGGAUAACAACUGAGUUCCCUAGUUGGGUUCCCAAGUAAGGCAAAGAUAAUAAGGGUGGAUCAAAAAGUAGAACCCUCAUUUUCCAGCAGAAGUGACUGCAGAGGACUUAAUGUUUCGAGACAUGUGCAUCUGGCUUGCAGAUUUCAAGCUACAGCUAUAAGACGGUGUGUAGUGUUAUGGCUGCACUACCCAUGGAUGGAAAAAUUAAAUCUGCAGACUUAGGUGGGUCAUAAGAAAUCAUUUAGUGACAAUUACAAUGUUGUAUCCAGCCACUGUCUGGAUCUGAACAAAGGAUGGGCACAUGUGCAAUGUGACCCAUUUUACAAGCUUAGGUAUUUUAUUUAUUUAUUUUUUUAUUUUUUAUUGGCUAUUUUAGACUAGAUCCUGCAUUUGCAAGAAAAGGCAUAUGAAUUUAUUACUCAUUUUAGAAAAAAAAAGAAAUCUUUAGCCUUGCCAAUUUAUUACCCAUCUUGAGUAUACCUAAAAACUGUUUUGGGUGUAAUUAGCAGUUCUCAAAAUGGUAAAGUAUCUGAAUGAGUGAGAGGAAGGCUUUGGGUUCAGGAGUAAACAGUUUGAGGAUGAUUGGUAUUCUCUUCUGCAGAAUUUGUAUUCAAUUGCAUGCAUGGUAUAAUUCCCCACUCGUAGGUUUACCACAACUGUAUAUUGUGUAGAGUGACUUUAUUUUCUUAUUAUUGUCCUUGUAGCAUUCCUAUUGAAAGAUGUAUGUCAUAUGUAAUACAUGUGUUAAUUAAG